UACUAGUACCACAAACGUGCCCAGAAACAACCAUCCGUGCUGGCGACUUUGAUCCGAACCUCCCUCUCCGUUUCGCCAUGUUUGCACACAUGAGAUGAGACGCUCCCUUUGCUGCCGACACUGCAUACCUGUACGGCACACACAACACACACAACACCAGCCGCCCCCAUCCCCCCAAUCCCCUUCAUCGACGGUACAUACGGCAGCAGCGUCUGCCCUGCUUGCCCGCGUUUGGGGCUGAGCUUCCCUCCACUCGUCUGAUGUUCCAAAAGUCUAGACAAUCGUCAAGUCCGCCCUCAAGAGUCGACAUACGUCGCUGGCCACGCAAGCCACCUCAUGGUGCGUCUCCAAACCCACGGCGCGGAUGCCCCAUGUCCCGGUCUCUCGAGGACGGGUUGCUGGGUCUCGGCCGUGUCUCCGUGUCUCCGUGUUGUCGUCGUCGUCGUCGUCGUCGUCGUCUUGAACAUUUGACACCAUUCAAGCGGACUGUCGACCAACCGCACAUCUAGUCAACUGAUGCGAGUGGGACACCAUCAAUUUCUUGGCCGAGUUGCCCCCCUCCCCCCGGUACACUCGGCCGUUCAGUUGCUCUUGUGCACCGAGUCAUACCGGGGCGAACGACAGUCGAUCAGCAUCAUUGGCCGUCCACAAGGGGUGGGUUGCCUAUGAUGACCUGCCGCGAUCCGAAGUUUGUUGUCGCACAACGGACGAUGAAGCACGGUUCCGCUGCCGAUUGUCAUUUCGUUUUUCGUCCACGCUCAGCAGCACCGCAACCCGGUCAAUGCCUCGGCCGCCCGCAGGUUGCCGUCUACUCGCAAAGCCACUCACGAGGCCAUGUCCAGGUCAAUGGCAGGCACCUUUUCCUCAGACAAACACAUAUUGUGGUAGAAAUUCGUCGGAAGGCAACCCCGUACGAACGAACACUACAUACACUACCUGAAGCAGUUCAUCGCUCGCUACAAGACAAGGCUGGCCUUGAUCUUUCCAAUGAUUGUCGACCCGGGGCCCCUCCAGGCUUUCACCAUGCCAAGUGGAUCUCGUUCUCGGCUCCCCGCUCGACUCGACUGUUUGAUACCCGUCCGUCCCAGGGUUGCGGAACCUGUCUUUGACCGGUAUAACACCCGUUGGCCCGUCCUGAAAAUUCCUUGGGUCUCGCGUGCCGAGACGUGCCACUCGCGGAAGGCCCCCCCCGCCUGACCGAGCGGCCAUGCAUAGUGCGCAUCAAGUAUGCAGCAGUUUUUCGUCCUGCGCCGUUCCGCCCUCCAAGCGGAGAUGGGUCUGGCAAAAGCUUGCCUGCGAGCCUGAGCGUGCGUGUGUAAUGCCAGCGGGUCUACUCCAUGCGGUGAUGGACAAAUAGCCAUAACACCCCUUCAUCUAUUAUUGCCACAAGGUCAAAUGAAUCGGCUGGCAUUGAAUACAUGCUUAAUCUAUUUCCUGCCUGUUCUCUACGGGCCGACCAUGUCGGUGGCUUACGCACGGGUCUAAGGUCAAACCGUGAUCGAGAAAUCUCGUCUCGGUUCGAUCGAGCGUCAUAGUAUCAGGUUCAUAAUCCACGAUGUACAUCCACCGCCACUCUCUCUCUCACACACACACGGCUCAAUGACACCGGCAGGCAAAGAUUCGUCUGGCAAACAGGGCGCCGCGCUACCAUCGAGAAAGAGAGAGAGAGAGACGGCUAUCAAGCAUUUUUGCAAAAGUCCGCGUCCUCCAAGCUGGUGAGCCUGUCCUCCCAACGAGCCCUGCGGGAGGGCGGCAAAGACUUAGACGGCCGAUGAUGGCCGUGACCAGUCACGACGCCGCAUCGCAUGGACUUGCCGGAUCCAGCAGUGGAUCGUCGUUCCCUUCCCCUCUUUCAU